CUCCCGGGACCACGGAGAUGCAGCGUUGACGUUUCGGCGGUCGUUCCUCCCGGACUCUGAGAUGAACUUGAAGUGCUCUGUGAAACGACUUCUCCUCAUGUCUUUUUCAAUCUCCCACUUGCUGCUACUUGAGGGAGCUCAGAGCCGACUUACAGAGACAGAGGGAAGAUUACAGAGAAGGGCUAAUGUACUUCGGAGGAAACGGGAUCUCCUCGGGGAGGAGACUUACAGGCCGAUGCUGUCGGAGGGGACUCUGUCGCGCAGCGUUCUACACAACUACACAGCCAGAGAUUCCUCCUCAGAAUACUGUGGCUGCCUCAAUGGCGGCUGGUGUCAGGAGGACGGUGUGUGUGACUGUGCUCAGUUCCAGGCACUGGGAGACCGCUGCCAGAUCAUACCUAACCAGGGCCAGGAUAGAGAUGGGAUCUGCAGGUCAUGGGGUCAGAACCACUAUGAAACAUUUGAUGGAAUAUAUUUCUUCUUCCCUGGAACAUGCUCUUACAUUCUGGCCCAGGACUGUCACUCGACUACACCACAAUACACGGUGUGGGUCCACAACAGCAGGGCGUGUGAUGGCAGCGUGUAUUCAUGCCCCAGAGCUCUCAGCCUCUUUUUUCCGGACGAGGAGGAGAUCCACAUCUCUGGCUAUCGCGUCCACCAGGGAGGGCGCAGGUUAAACCUGCCUCAGACCGUGGGCGGCGUGUUUAUCGAGCGACUGGCGGAUUACCUGCUCGUGAAGAGCGUGUUCGGCUUCUCUUUGGCGUGGGAUGGAGGCUCCGGCGUCUACCUGAAAAUGAGCGAGGAGCACCAGGGCGCCCCCUGUGGCCUGUGCGGGAACUUCAACCACAUAGCCGGAGAUGAUCUCACCACAGCCCGUGGCAUUCGAACAAGUGAACCUGCAGUGUUUGCCAACAGCUGGGCUGUGGAUCUGCCUCACGAGAGAGCCUGUCCCGCGGUGGACGUGGACUUCAGUGGGCCCUGCCAGUCUGAAUCAGACAUGGAUGAUGCCAUAGAGAAAUGCAGCGCUCUUCUGUUCUUCCCGUUUCUGUCAUGUCAUGAAAACAUCGACCCCAAUCCGUUUGUGGCCAGCUGUGUGUCUGAUCUCUGUGUUUCGGAUGACGAGGACACGUUUUGUCGAGCCCUGGUGGAGUACACGCGAGCCUGUUCGCACGUUGGAUACCCGGUGAGGGAGUGGAGGGACAGCUUCCCCUCGUGCAACGACGGCUGCGAGGAGAGCUUCGUCUACAGAGACUGCAUCAGCUGCUGUCCACCCACCUGCACCUUUGAGAAGGAGUGUCUUGGAACCAACCUGCACUGCCUCGAUGGCUGCUACUGUCCUGACGGUCUCAUCCUGCAGAAUGGAACGUGCAUCGCUGUCUCCCAGUGUCCGUGCGUUUACCAUGGAACGUCAUACGUGCAAGGACACAGUCUGCAGCAGGGCUGCAGUGUCUGCGUGUGCAUGGGAGGCGUGUGGAACUGCACCGAGAACAACUGCACAGCCGAGUGCUCGGUGGUCGGGGACGUCUUCGUGACCACGUUCGACGGCAGGAUGUUCCUCCAGCCGGGCGCGUGCCAGUACGUCCUCGCCAAGAGCCGCGCCGGCAGCCGCUUCACCGUCACCCUGCAGUACACCACCUGCGCAGAGCAGCAAGUGUGCAUCCAGUCUAUGACGGUGGUGCUGGAUGAAGACGUGAGUCGCCAGAUCACGCUGACCAGAGAGGGGGAGGUGAUCGUUGGUGUCAACCUGGCGCCUGUCCUGCCCUAUGUUGACGAUGCAGUAGAGGUGAGGAAGCUGACCUCUGUGUUCACACAACUGAAGGCAGCAAUCGGCCUGAGGCUGCAUUACGACGGUCGAGGGGGUCGCGUCUACCUGCACCUCAGCACCCAGUGGCGUGGGCAGACGCUGGGCCUGUGCGGGACCUUGAAUGGAAACCUGCGAGACGACUUCCUCUCUCCGGCAGGUAUGAUCGAGGGGACACCCCAGCUUCACGCCAACGCGUGGAAGGUGUCGUCUGCCUGCGUGGCGCCUGUUAACCUUCCAAUCAUAGACCCGUGUGAGAUGAACCAGCAUAAUGUGUACUAUGCAUCCCAGUGUGAGGUGCUUCUGGGCGGUGUGUUCUCCCAGUGCCACGGCUACAUCAGUCCCAGCAUCUACCAGCAGCAAUGCCGCUACCAGGCCUGUCGCUGCGGGAGCAGCUGUCUGUGCACAGCCCUGGCCCACUACGCGUACCUCUGCUCCAAACACGGCGUGGACAUCAACUUCAGGGCCCAGGUCUCUGAAUGCGGCGUGGUGUGUCUCGGGGGCAUGCUUUACCACUCCUGCCUGUCGUCCUGUGGGCGCUCCUGCCGCGCGCUGUCCGGCACCGAGCUGUGCGACCCGGACGACUGCGCCGAGGGCUGCGGCUGUCCGCACGGCGGCUACUACGACGACGUGCGCCAGCGCUGCGUGCAGCUGUCUCAGUGCCACUGCUACUCCAUGGGAGGCGUUUCACAGCCAGGGGAGGUGACGUUCAGCGCCUCCGGGCCCUGCCUAUGCAGAAAUGGGAAGAUGGAGUGUAUGCCAGAGGAAAAAGAACCUGAUAGCGUAGAGGUUGGGGAGUGUCCAGAAGGCAAAGUGUACCACAGCUGCACCGAGCAGAGAGGAGGCGUCGCCUGUGCGCCGACCUGCCGUAAUUUGAUGUUGAACCUCACCUGCCCCCCCAGCACCCCCUGCAUCCCGGGCUGCGUGUGUCCUCCUGGGCUGGUGCUGCACCACAGUGAGUGUUACUAUCCUGAGAACUGUCCCUGUGCCUGGCUGGGCCUCGAAUACCUGCCUGGAGAAAGUGUGGAGACACCGUGUUACAAGUGUGUGUGUCACCGUGGCUACUUCAACUGCAGCUACUCGCCGUGUCCAGCCGUCUGUACUGUCUACAGCGACAGGCACUACCACACCUUCGAUGGCCUCGAGUAUGACUACAAUUCUGACUGUCAGGUCUAUCUGCUCAAGAGUGCAGGAGAACCUGAGGUGUCCAUUGUUGCCCAAAACAAGGACUGCUAUGAGAGCGGCAUUGUGUGCAUGAAAAUACUGGUCAUUCAUGUGGGACUUACCAAAAUCUACUUCACUGACAACUCUGGCAACCCUAGCCCGUCCACUGUUGUAGGUCGCGGGUCAGAGUUCGAGCUGUGGAAAGCGGGCUACUACACCGUCAUCCACUUCUCAGCUCAGGAUCUGACCAUCCUCUGGGACCGCAAGACGACCGUUCACAUCAGAGCCGGGCCUCAGUGGAAGGGCCUCCUCAGUGGCCUGUGUGGGAAUUUUGACAGUGUGACAGUGAAUGAUAUGACGACCUCCAGCCACAUGGAAGUCAAUAAUGCGCAGACCUUUGGAGACAGCUGGGCCCUGGGACAGUGUCAAAGUGACUAUGUGGUUGAGCGGCCGUGUGAAGGGGACUUAGGAAGACAGCCGUACGCCAAGAGGGAGUGUGCUAUCCUCUACAGCGAUGUCUUUGCACCCUGUCACAAUGUGGUGGACGUGGCCUGGUUCUAUAGGAACUGCCUGACGGACACCUGCAACUGUAACCGCGGGGGGGACUGUGAGUGUCUCUGCACGUCCAUUGCCGCGUAUGCGCACAAGUGCUGUCAGCAGGGGGUCACAAUCCACUGGAGAUCGCCCUCGGUCUGCCCCUAUGAUUGCGAGUACUAUAAUCAAGAACUCGGUGACGGCCCCUUUUCCCUGCUGAGCGCUGGCUAUAAUGACACCAUGUUCGGAGCCAAUCGCACGAGCAACGCGGUGUUUCCUCUGGUGAGGGAGCGACCCGGCCGGCCGCCCGCCGCUGGCGUCCUCUUCAACUUCAUGAUCACCGCAGGCCUUCAGAAGGACAAGACGUCUCGAGUCCCCGUGGUUUCACUGGAGUCGGCGGAGAGGCCCAACUACUUCCUGGUCGUGUCGGGGCGCAGCCGCCUUCAGCUGGAGCGCUGGAGCCGCGGAGCGGAGUUCAGUCGCAGGGCGACCUUCAUCCAGCACCACGGGCUGUUCCUGCCGGGUCACACCUCGUUCGAGCUGGUGGGCCAAGCCGGACUCUUCCUGACGCUCACGCGCACGGCCGCCCGGGCCCAGAGAUACGACACCUCAGAGGGCUUCAAAGCCAGCAGCAGCUUCAACCUGGAGGAGAGCAGCUUCGUCAUUCCCUACCGGAUGAUGUGCGAGUGGCGCUACCAGGCCUGUGCCAGCCCCUGUGUCCACACCUGCAGUGACCCCGACGCCACACGCUGCCAGUUCCUGCCUCCCGUGGAGGGCUGCUUCCCUCGCUGUCCCAGGAACAUGGUCCUGGACGAGGUCACUAGACGAUGUGUCUACGCGGAGGACUGUGUGUUCCUGCCUCCAACGCCGACACCCUUUGCGUAUGUGAACAGAACCACCACAGCGCCGCCCACUACUCCACCUACAACCACUACGACUACCACAAGGCCGACAACUACCACCACCACCACCACAACAACCACUACAACCACUACGACCACCACGACUACUACUACCACAAGGCCGACAACUACCACCACACCCACCACCACCAGCACCACCAGAGCAACAACGUCCUCCUCCACCACCACUAGGCCCACCACCACACCCACCACUACCACUACCCCCACCACAACUCCCAGUACAACAUUAUCCACCGAGCAGGUCACCACUCUGCUCACCACUACGCCUCCCACUCCUCCCACCUCCACUGUCCCCACCACUGUCGCUCCCACAACCAUAUUAGUGACAACCACCCUGAGGACGACCCCAGUGACCCCAACCACGGAGGUCACUGCAACGGCUUCUACAACGAUACCCACCACCGAAGCCACCACAAUCCUAACGUCCUCCCCUCCACCCCUCACCACUCUUCCUUCCACCAUCUUGCCUUCCACCUCCACCACAAUUACCACGCCCCCCGCACCGGCGCCCACACCCGCCAUGACCUCCACCCCCCGUCCUCUAACCUCCCCGAGCACUGAGCCGCCGGCCACCACGGUCGCCACGGCCGCCCCCACCUCCGUCACCUCCGCCCCCGAAACCACCAGCGAAGGCGCGACGACUCCGCCCACGCCGACAGACACCACCUUCCCCGCGCCCACCUCCACAGUGGCUCCGACGACCACCGCGGCGCCCCCCGCCACCACGGAGCCCACUACUGAGCCUGCAACCACAGAAACACUCUCAACCCCUUACACGUCGCCUGUGACAGAAACACCAAGCACACAACCCUUCAUCUUCCCUACUACUCCGUGCACACCGCCGUUCUCCUACCGAAUUGAUGAGUGCGCCGAGCUGAUCUGCUUCAACGGCGAGCUGCUGCUCCACAACUCCUCCCUGCACUGCCGCUACAACACCACGCAGCCCCAGUGCAGCCUGCUGGGCCUGCCGCUCCUCACCAGCACCGACCCCUGCUGCCCGCAGUGGCAGUGCCCCUGUCGCUGCACGGUGAUGUCAGACCUGCGCGUGAUCACGUUCGAUGGCAACAACGUGGCCUUGUACGACAACGGCUCCUACAUCCUGGUUAACCUGCCCAGAGAGACUAUUAUUGGCACUGUGGAGAAAUGUCCGACCAGCCAGAGCGUGAACUCCAUCAGACGACCAAGUCCUACGGGUGGAACAUCAGGUCUUUGCUUCAAGAAGCUGAACAUUACUACCUCCACGUACAGGAUCGUCAUCAACAGACUCGAUCGCAAGGUGUCGGUGAACUACCGAGCCGCCAAGCUGCCGUUCUCCCGCCACUCGCUCUAUGUGGAGGACACGGGUAGCAUGUAUCUGAUCCACACGCCCGGUGGGAUCAGCAUUCAGUGGUACCACAGCACUGGCAUCAUGGUGCUGCAGUACAUCGCUCCUUAUAACGCAUCUGUUCCCACUCACGGCCUGUGUGGUUGCUGUGACGGGAACCCAGAGGACGACCUGAAGCUGCCCAACGGCACCGUGGUCCGAGAGGUGGGAGACAUGAUGCUGUUCCUGCAGGCGUGGAGAGUGCACACGACCGACGAGACCGAACACAUGCGUCGGGUCGGGGACAACUGCACCACCGGGGACUGUUCCACCUGUCUCUCCAUGCUGCGCCAGAGAGCCUUCACACCCUGUCAUAGCAAGGUGCCUCCCGAGCAGUUCUGUGACAUCAUGUGGGCCGGGGACCUCCACUACAAAGACCACCAGUGCGACUUCCUGGCGGCGUACGUGGCCGUCUGCUACACCCACCAAGUCUGCAUCAGCUGGAGGCGCCACAACUUCUGCCCGCUGCGCUGCCCCCCCGGCAAGGAGUACCAGCCGUGCGUCAGCACCUGCACCAGCCGCACCUGUCUGAACCGGGAGUACUACGAGGAGGCCACCUGCUCCUUCAUCAGGGAGGAGUGCGUGUGCCGCGCCGGCACCAUCCUGCACCGGGCCGACUCCCCGUUCUGCGUGACCGAGGACCGGUGCGUGUGCACAGACAACGAGGGCAACCCGCGGGCCCCGGGCGAGGUGUGGAACGGGUCCGCCCGCAGCUGCUGCCUGUACAAGUGUGUGGAGAACGGCUCCGUGGUGGCGGUGGAACCGGACUGCGGCUCCGCGGCCGCGCCGCUGUGUGAGCGGGAGGGAGAGUACGUCCUGGAUGUGCUGGAGGAAGGCGCCUGCUGCCCUAAAAAGAUCUGCGAGUGCAACAUGACCAUCUGCGACAGCGACGCUCCACCCUGCGACAAUGGAAACAAGCUGGUGAUCGGAUACAGCGCUCUGUCCUGUUGCCCAGAGUACCGAUGUGAGUGCGACCCCGUGGCCUGUCCUCCCGUCGCCGCCCCCGGCUGCAGGGAGGACCAGUUCCUGGUGGAGGUCAGGGCCCAGAAGUCCUGCUGUUACUCCUACCUUUGUGUGUGUGAGUCAUGUAUUGAGCCUAUUCCCACCUGCUCACAUGGAGAAAUUCUGGCUGUGGAUUUAAACACCACCAACAGCUGCUGUCCAGAGUACCACUGUGUGUGUGAUGUCAACCUAUGCCCUGAUUCAUCCGUGAGCUGUGCAGCUGGUCUCUCUUUGGUUCAGACCUCUGUUCCUGGGCACUGCUGCCCACAGCAGCACUGUGAAUGCCAGUGCGAGGACAGCUCUCUCCCCAUCUGUCAGGUGGGGGAGACGGCGGUCGAGGUUCCCGACAGCGGCGCCGACUGCGGCUGCACUCGGCACACAUGCCAGAAGGCAGAGGUGUGUCUGUUCCAGGGGGUGACGGUGCUGGGCCCGGGCCAGUCUCUGGUCCAGUAUUUCGAGGGGGAGCUGUGUUACACCGUCCACUGCCUCCAUCACAGAGAUCCUGACUCUGGCUUCUACGCCAUGGAAAUCAGCUCUGUCAACUGCUCCCAGCGAUGUGGACCACACCAGGUGUACGUGCCGUCCACAGACCCUCAGGUUUGCUGCGGCUCCUGUAAAAACGUCUCCUGCACCUUCACCAACGAAAACGGGACGACGGAGCUUUUCGCUGCAGGGAGCUCCUGGGUGGAGAACUGCACCCGCUACGACUGCAUGGAGACGUCAGUGGGGGCGGUGAUUCUGGCCUCGGGCGUGGUCUGCCCGCCUUUUAACGACACCGAGUGUGUGCAGAACGGCGGCGUGGUUCAGAGCUACGUGGACGGCUGCUGCAGGACAUGUUCUGGAGUGGGUGUUUUACCGUUUACCAUUAAUCCUGUAACACCCACUGGUAGUACUAACUGUGACACAGGCAAGGAGGACGGCAGGACGUGCAAGCGCGUGGCCAUCCGGACCACCAUCCGCAAGGACGACUGCCGGAGCAACGCGCCGGUCACCGUGUACUCCUGCGACGGCAAAUGUCCGUCCGCCACCAUAUUCAACUUCAACAUCAACAGCCACGCCAGGUUCUGCAAGUGCUGCCGCGAGAGCGGCCUGCAGACGCGCUCCGUCACGCUGUACUGCUCCCGCAACGCCACGGUCGUGGACUACAACUUCCAGGAGCCCCUGGACUGCUCCUGCCAGUGGAACUGAGGCGAAGGGAGCGCACGUCUACUGUACUGAACAAACCUGAAGCCAGCCAUGUGUCCGUCACUGUAGAGCCUUUUACGCUGAAGAUGUAACUGAAGGUAGGGAAAAUGGAAUAAGCAGCUUAGAAGGUGAUUGUUUUCAUGUAGCGUUGUGUCCUUGUUGUUGUUGUUGUUGUUGUUGUUGUUGUUGUUAGCUUCUGCUGUGCCAACCCAGGCAGCCUCCUAGCGCUUUAAGGCCUUUUAUUCUGUAUUAACAAGUAAAAUCACCACAACACAGCAGGAAUUGGGGUUUGGGCAUCUUGGUUUUGGGCAAUUAUCCCUUUGUGUACAAAUGAAACGUGUUAUGGGAUGCUUUGUUUGUUUAGUGAAGUCUAAUUAGAUUCUAAAAUGUGACCUUUGCCGUCUGUAGUUUUCUUUGGAAAUAAAGUAUGUGAUGAAAGUGAA